AUGACUGCGCCUCCACAUUGUGACAACAGCCAGUGCUGUGAUAUUGGCCAUGGCCUCAAACAACCAAUCCACAGUCAUAACGAAUUGGGGCGGCUCGAGGCAGGCUACAAUGCGCCUUCAACUUCGCCACGCUUUGCGGGCGUACACGGCCUGUCGUACCACGUCGCUGCCAUCAAGGCCAGCCUGGGAUCAACGCCAGGCACCGGAAAGGGGUCUCACUUCAUCCUUAUCGGCUCAUUUCGUAGCCAGAAACACGCCAUAUGCUACCAUGACUAA